UCAAUAUUAUCACGGCCGUAAUAACAUACCCGUGGUUGUUAUUGUCCAGAAAUAAAUCAAUAAUUUUAGAAAAUAAAUAGGCUACUAUUUCUGUACAACAAUCGUGUUAAAAUUAGUCUUCGUACGUCUUACGACUUUUGUGCCAUAAUGUCGGCGUUCCCGUUUCUUUGAAAAACUACAAUGCAUAUCAGGUUUGAGAAGAAUGCCAACACGAAAUGUGACAGCGACAUAUUGUCACUAUCUUGGAUGGGCAGAGUUCCAGAUAAUGCUGAGGAAGAAGGAUGGAAUUUGGAUGGACGCAAUUACUACAAACAAGGGUGGUUGGCAACAGGUAAUUCUCAAGGUGUUGUUGGUGUUACAUUCACUUCUAUAUCAUCAAGUUGUGAUUCAAAUAAUGAUAGAUUACCUCUACGUACCAACUACAACUUGAGAAAUCAUCAUGCCAAGGUCUUACUUGUGAAAUGGAAUGAACCAUAUCAAAAAUUGGCAUCCUGUGAUAGUUCAGGUGUAAUAAAUGUUUGGGCCAAAUUUGACUGUCGUUGGAAUGUUGAGUUAAUCAAUGACAGAAAUACAAGAGUUACUUAUUUUAGUUGGUCUCAUGAUGGUCGGUUAGCAUUAAUAUGCUAUCAAGAUGGAUUUGUUUUGGUGGGUUCAGUUACUGGUCAUAGGUACUGGUCAUCUAUGUUACAUCCAGAAGGAACAGUUACAUGUGGUGCUUGGUCGCCAGAUGAUCAACAAGUAUAUUUUGGAACUAGUAGAGGCCAGAUGAAAGUUUUGGAUAUUCACGGAGCUCCUAUAUCCCAAGUAAACUUGUCAGAUGAUUCAGGUAUUUCAUCUAUGGCUUGGUCUUGUGAAAAAUUUUGCAUGAAUGAAAAUAGAAAAAAAUCAGAUUAUUUGUUUAAGCACGUGUUAGCAAUAUGUUGUAAAAAUGGUUCUAUUCAGUUAAUGCGACGAUAUGAUGACCCUGCUCCAAUAUUAAUAUGUACUGGUUUAUGUCCAAUUUAUAUGGAAUGGGCUAAUUCUAAAGAGUUGCUUUGUGUUGCUGGUUCAAGGCCUGGUAGACUUUGUGUUAACAUAGUACAAAUUUAUUCAGAUACUGGUCAGUUAGUAUAUUCUAUUAACAUGCCUCAAUCUUCAACUGAUGUAACAGCUGUCACAUGGGCACACAAUGACCGAAGAAUAUUUAUAGCAACUGGACCUGAAAUACAUGUCGCAUGUGUGUCUGCUUCAAUUAUUCCUUUACAUAUACUUUGUGCAUUGCGGCUAUAUGAUGAAUCAUUGUUUCCACCUCGCGAGUUACUUCCAAUAUGUAUUAGAGAUAUUUUAACCUCAAUUUCUUCAUCUACUAUUUAUUGUGAAGUACCCAAGUUGUCAGAAUUGCGUCAGUUUGUGAGUAGUUCGCCAAAAAAUCGUGUUUAUUGUACAGUUGUACAACAUGUUAAUGGACCAGAAACAACACCACCUGUAUGUUAUGUGUUAUAUAUGGAGUACCUUGGAGGUCUUGUACCACUCCUUAAAGGUAAAAGAAUCAGUAUGUUGAAACCAGAAUUUGUAAUCUUUGAUCCACAAGUAGAUGAUAAAACAUAUGCUAAUGCACAGAUAACUUAUAAUAAUUUUGGCUGGGAUGAUUCUGAACCGGAAUCUUGUUCUAGUCCUAAACUACACAGAAAAAAUAGGCACAAAUCAAGGCCUGCUUGUUGUAAUCGAAAAUUGCAAUUGAAUUGCUAUACUGAUGUGUUACCUGAAGACUAUCGUUUGGCAGAAGUCACAGCAAAUGUUUGGGGUACAAAAUUCCAUAUCCGUGGGUUGUGUGAUGAUUUGACUAAAAAAUUAGGUAGAGUGUCAUACCGCACAUCCAUUUUGCAUUUACAACCUCGUCAAAUGACAUUAUCUAUUGUUGGAGAUGGACAAUCAAUAGACGAUGAUUCUUUAACACCAAAACAACUUCAAAGACGGCGUAGCUGUAGUGUUGGUUCUUCUAAUCCUAAAUUAGCAGUAUCUAGAGUAGUGGAAGACUCUAAAAUUUCAGAGACUUUUGCUCAUAGUUUACCAACUAGUCCAGUUGCAGCUAAAAAGAAAAGUGGUUCAUCAUCGCCGAUCAGGAAACGGUUAAUGAACUCUCCAUUAUUUUUCCGUAAAGUCCUUAGAACUCAAAUUGAUCCGGAUUAUCAAAAUUUAGAAACUUUCCAAAAAUCUCAAAUCAAAAAUAAAAUUGAUAUGUGUUCCAAGAGGCAGCAAUUUGUUAUGCGAAACAAAGCACCUAUCUGGAAUGACUUAACUCAGGUUUACCAAUUAGAUUUUGGAGGUAGAGUUACUCAAGAAUCAGCAAAAAAUUUUCAAGUUGAAUAUGAUGGCAUACAAGUUAUGCAGUUUGGACGCAUUGAUCGCAAUAAUUUUGCUCUAGACUUUCAACAUCCAUUUUCAGCCGUCCAAGCAUUUGCUGUCGCACUCGCAAGUGUUACUCAAAGGCUCAAGUAAAAUUAUUGAAACUGUCUAUAUUUCAUUAAAGCACAUUUUUUUACUGGUUUAAGUUCAAGUAUAAUAAUUUAUUAACACUGUUAACA